AUGGUUGCAACAGCAGUUGAUUAUGCAAAUCAUUUCUGGGGUCAGAAACAUCAUGGAUAUCAUGUUUUAUAUGAGAAUUUGAAACAUGAAGAAGAGUCCGUGCAAGAAUUAGCACAAUUUGUGAAGGAAAGAGCAACAUAUGAAGAGGAAUGGAACAAAUUUUUGAAUAAAUGUAUUGCUAAGACAAAUGGACUGAUUGCAUCGAGUUCGAUGUUUUCAAAUGCAUGGCUUGUAACGAAGAAUACAAUGGAACUUUUAACAGAAAUACAAGCAUCCUUCUAUAUUACCUUACAACAUCUGCUGAAAGAUGUUUUCAAAUACCACGAUGAUUUCGUCCGGUCAAGAAAGAAAAUGAAAGAACAAGAUGUUGUAGAUGCAGUAAAUUUAAUGCAGACCACUACUACCUGCUUGCAAAAGUCGAAAGAAACAUACGCACAACGGGUAAAUGAACUGGAACGUUUAAAAAAAGAAAAUGCCACACCGAAAGACAUUUCAAAAGCUGAAAAUAAAUUAAAUAAAUCACAUGAUGAAUAUAAGGGUUAUGUAGACAAGUACGGGCGCGUACGAGCUGACUUUGAAGAGAAAAUGAUUAAAGCAACGCGACUAUUUCAAGCACACGAUCAAGCCUUUUUGCUGCAGAUGAAAACAUUUAUGGCAGUAUUUGCGCGUGCAAUGGAUGAGUCUGCAUCUGCUACAUCACAGGUAUGCGCUCUGUAUCGGGAUUCGGUUAAUAAUUUGGACAUUGACGGGAUGCUAAUUAAAUUUGUUGAGACAAAAGGAACAGGCAAAGAUCGGCCAGAAUUUGCGGUUUUUGAAGAAAUUGAUACUGCUAAAGAUAUUAAUGCAUCUCUUGUAUUGGCACCAUGUUCUUCUGAUUUAACAGCUGUACAAAGAUCAGCGGAUAGUCACCUACCCGCGACACCCAACUUGAUGACACUUGAUACCAAUGCGUUUGAUUCUUGGAAUAAUGAAACUAAUGCUUUGAAAGUUCAACCUUCUCCAGUAGCAAGCGAUAGCAGUUCAUCAACCGCAGUGAAUGUUGGCUCUGGAUCUUUGCCGUUCUCAGCAUCAUUGGGACGACAGAAAUUGUCGUUAUGGUUGCCUGGCAAAAGGAAGAAAUAUGCAUCACAAAGCAGUUUGCUAGCAACCGAACCUUCACAUCAAGAAUUUAGUCACAGCCAGUCAGAAUCUGUGGGUUUCCUAAAGAAAUAUCGAAGCAAACAUAAGAAGUCAAAUACCGACAUCACUGCUUUAAACAUAGACGGCCCAGCCAACGAAGACUCGAAAAGCACUGCAAGUAGUAGCAAGAGUGAAGAAAAACCUUUUAUUACAACAAAUGGUUCUCUUAAUAUACUGGAUGCUCCUGUAACUGUACCACCGCCACAUCCUACUGUUCCACCACCAGGAGAUAAUGAUGAUGAAGGUGCCGGUGAUAAUUUCGGCCGAUCACGUUGGAGUAGCUGCACCGAGUCUUCAGAUAAUGAUGAAGAUCUACAACAAGCGGCUAAAUUGCGCCACAUAAGCAUUAAACCUCUUAGUGGAUCUAAAGCUAAUAUUACCGCAUCGGUUGAUGAGCUUCGGAAUGCAAUCGGAAAUAUCGUAUUACAUUCUACAACAUUCAGCAGAAGCAGUACUUUUGAUUGUGAUCCAUGGUCAUCCACACGUCGUUCAGCACCUUUCAACACAGGUUCGGAAGGAAUUGUUCGACCACUUCGUGCUGCGCUUACUGGUGAUGGUCAUAUGCGGAGAAAACAUUUGGAUUCCUAUAAUUCGUCGUUGCCAUUUUCUUUUUCGAUGUCUCGUUCAAACAGAGCUCGAGCUCGACCACAUAGUAGUACCCCAACACCUGGAGCAUCUAACUUAGCAUUGCAAACAUGUGACAGUUCAUCAGUUCAACAUUACACUCGACAUGAUCGUAAUAGUUACAUCGUGUUAAUAGUUCGACAUUUAAAGGAUUCGAUGGAAAAUGAACGGACUUUUUCUCGAAGCGAAUCAGCUCUGUUCUUAGAGCAUUCCAUGGCCAUUGAAACACCUUUCACGACGUCAACAUCGAAUUUAUUGAGCGCUUCAGCCACAAUAACAGAAAAUCGUAUUCCGGUUGCAAUGGCAAUUAAUGAGUAUAUACAUGCAUGGUUCAGGGGAACGGAUCCCGCAAAGACAACGGUCCGGGUUUUCGGUUCUGUUCUUGUGUCGUUCCCAGCGACUGUAGUUCCCGCUUUAACUGACCUCACCUCUGACAUCGAUCCACUUAUCGUAACGCUGAAAAAUGCCGACAAAAUCAAAACUAUUUCGCCGAACAGUCAGUUGAUUUCGCAAGUUAUUGAUGCGUUCGCUGCCCCAUACACGUUCAAAUUUGAGAAAACGCAACUAGCUGAAUGGCUGUCCGCACGAAAAGUUGAAAAACCAGAUUCUCAGUUCUUCAGUGCGGAGGUCCUGACAUAUGAAGUAAAGGAACCGACAGUUCCACCUCUUAUUUUAAUAGUUUACUGGAAAUUGGAGACGCAUAAUACUGAUUUAAGAAUUGAUUAUCAAUUAAAUAUGGAUAGCGGUACCGAUUGCUCUCUUAUGAAUGUUGUUUUCACUACAAAAGUAGAUGGUUCUGUGAUCAGUGUUAUUGCAGAUCCUAAUGCUGAAUGGUCACCUUCGAACAACACAUUGUCUUGGAAACUAGCUGAACUUUCUCGAGAUGGUGAAUGUAGCGGGUCACUAAAAGCAAGGCUUUCUCUUUCCGGUGGUCCUGCAACUGCUUCGCAAACUUUUGUCAAAUUUCAAACAUCGAAUGUAACUGUAUCUGGUGCGGAUGUAACUAUUACAAGCGACGAUUUGUAUCAUUUAUCUAUGGUACGAAGAAAUGUUUUCUCGGGCAAAUAUUUUUGCGAUGCCGAAAUCUGCAGUUGA